UAGCCAUUUUUUGCAGGCAAGGAGAGCAGAUUUCAGUGCAUACCAUUUUAGAGGGUGUGUAUCUAGAGAGAGCUGUCAGCCAUGGAGAACCAAGAUGGGACUCAGACUCUUCGGGCUCCAAAAUGUUCACGUUGCCGGAAUCAUGGCUUUGUGGUACCAGUCAAGGGUCAUGCUGGUCACUGCAGGUGGAAGCAGUGCCCAUGUGAGAAAUGUUCUCUCAUCACUGAACGCCAGAAGAUCAUGGCUGCACAGAAGGCCUUAAAAAGACAAGGACCCGAUUCACCACCUAGAGAGACCUUGCCUCCCACUCAGGGUAGGCCCAAUGAAGAAGUGGCAGCCCUUGGUAGCAGUAAGAAGGGCCUAAAAAUAAAUUCUUCAGAGUUUCCCAUUCCUGGGUCAGUUGUGCAUGAAGGAAUUAAAGUGACUUCAGCAGUUAGCUCCAGUACCAGAACAACAAAUAAUCCAACACCACCUAAACCGAGCUCUCCGACCUUCAUAGAUUUAGAUCAUCCAAAUAUGCCUCAAGAAUGUAUUACUGUGUGUCCAGAAUUUGGGGAGAGGGACCCUCCCAAAAUGUAUCCUGGAUACUCUGGGAUGUAUCCUUAUCAUCCAUUUUCAAUGGGAUUCGCUAUCAAUCAACCAGCUUACAGAGGUCCAUCUCCUGCACCUGUUUUGCCUCUGCAAACAAGUUUCAGACACUUUUCCGGCAACCAUGGAGCAGGUAGUGUUCCUGCUACUAUACCACUACAGGACACAGGUGGGGAUUUCCGGCCAGGAUACUAUACUCCACUCUCACCCUUUAUACCCCGAGGCUUUCUGCCAAGGAUUCACUACCUUCCACCACCUCUCCAGCUCAACCUCGUGACUGAAGCUACGAAGGAAACAUCUAUUUCCACUGAAGACAGCCAGGAUUCUGCAAUUAUAUGUAAGCCCUGCCAAACAUCUCAAGAAGAUGCCACUGAAGAUUGUUCUACAUAUUCUGAACAGUAAAUCUUCACCAUCUAAGCUGAAAUAUUGCCUUCAAGUGAUGCUAUAAAUGUUAUUUUGUGUUUUACUUUAAUCUAUGUUGCUGCUAAUCCUAAUUUAUCGGUCAGAUAAAGUUAGAAUAUAUCACUUAUUCAGUUCUAGUUGCAUUAUUGGUAUUUCAUGUUCAUCUAAUUUGUCCCAUUAGAAUUUGGUGUCUUGGUGCCAAACAGCAGGUUUAAAAAGAUAUCCCUGUAUUGAAAAUCAUAACUGCAGUCCCCUCAUUGUGUGUCAGAUAAUGAAUGCUGGCAGAGUUCAGAAGUUAUGUAUAUUGUGAGAAGUCAGAUGUGCUCUCUAAAUAUCUAUGACUCUACCAUAGAAUCCAAGCACUAUUUAACAUAUUGUCCAGGCUAUGCUUUGGAAGGAAACACACUAGUUAGCUUUAAGAUUUUCGGCUUUUAUUAGUUGAUGCCAGCCUACAGUGUUAGUAGUUGUUUGCUAUAGCAGCCUUUUUCAACCUAGUACUAUCGCUAUAUAUAAAAGUUGGAAUUAUGGAAGCAUGGUGCAACUGGAGGGUAUCAAGUAAGGAAACUCAUAAAAAGUUUAAUCUAUCAAUUCAUCCAUGCUAAACUGCUGUUAAAUUAAAGGAACAUGUAGUUCUUUUUCAGGUGCUGUAUUUCAAGUUGAUAUAAUCAGAGGUUAGAAACUUUUUAAAAAACUGGAUUCUAAUUGGGUACAUUACAUAUAUUUACAUAUAUUCAGAAAUCAGUUGGGAAAAUAUGUACUCCAAAUACUGAUAAUUAUGGGGAAGUCUGUCUGCUAAAUUUCUGUACUAGUUAGAGUGGUACAAGCCUUAACGGAUUUGAAGUCUAAUGGCUCACCUGUUCUCAUUAAUUUGGGACAGCACAGCUAGGAAAUAUUUAAUAGCCACAAUUGACAUUUGCAAAUAGAAAAACAGGGAGAACAAAAAAAUAUUGCAGUGAUUAGUUAGUGAUUCUAUAUGCUAGUUUGAAGAAAAACAGCAAUACGAAAAAUCUGUUUUUAGCUAAUAACUUUGUAUUAAUGGUAUUUCCAGUUUUAGUUCCAUUACUUGUUGUAAAAAUAUAUUAUCCAGCUUUGUAUACGUUACAAUAAAACAUUUUCAA